UGUGUUUUUGGUUUUUAAUCCUGUGCAAGAUCUGUAUUUCCCUGCAUAUAACUUGUGUAAAAGUACUCAGGUUUACAUGCAUAUAGGGUAGAAUAAAUUAGGCUUUAUGUAAUUAUUCCUUACUAAUAAUGGAGAUGAUUUGGAGUCAGAAUUUCUUUAGCAGUGCCCUUUUGCCCAUACCUUCUGUGGAAUGGGAAGGCAUAACAAUGUUCCUGUGAGUUGCUUUUCCUACAAAGCAGAUGUGGGAUCUGACAGUUUCCCCUUACCUACAAUUUCUCAGCAGGUUCUUGACUUUGUUCUCAUUUGGAUUCACAAGGAACCUUUCAUUUGAGUAGAGAGCCCUCACCUUGAUGCCCAUGGGAGACCUUGGGUGGAAGAGACUGCUGAGCAUUUGCAUCCAUUGUUCUUCCACUGUUGUUUCAAAGAGAGGUACAUUUGGGUUCUUCUGAAGUACUCCUGCCUGUUACAGGAGGCGUACCAGAAAGUAUAGUCUCAUUUGGAGCUCUUCCUACUAUGGAGUGACUAGGGAGGUCUGGGUUCUGGCUACUGUGAAAUUCUUGGGUGAUCUUUAACUCCUUUCAUGGUGACAAAAAGGCACUUUGGUAACAGUAUGUUUGGGCAGAAAUUCAACAAAAUGGCUCCGACAAAGACUACUUUCUAUUUAAUAAACCCAUAAGAAGAGAGUGUGGGUUGUAAUAUAAUUUAGCUACCGAAAAAAGGUCAAUCCCAAAUUCUGCUAUAGAGGAUUGAAGCUUCCUUCCCACCGCCCCCUCCCCUGCUAGCCUUGAAGAACUGAUUAACGGAGGCUGCCUUUCGUACAACAUGAAGACAGCUCGCUGCUAUUGUCUCCUGCAGGAACAGCACUUCCCUGCUAACUGGUUUAACUGUAUCGUGUCCUUGAGUAUGUUUUUCUCUAAUGUCCUUUCAGCAUUUGAGAAGUGCUCCAUGGUGUGUAUAAUUACAAUAGUACUGUUUUCCUGAUCAGUUUUUGUUCUUUCCAUCUGUCAAACAUUUGCUGUUUUGUUUUUUGUUUUUUUUUUUCCCUACUGCUACUGCAGCAAAAAUGCCUGCCUUUUGUUUAUGUCUUCCUACACUGGCAUCGUGACAUCAUCAAUGAUAUCGCCAGGGGAAAAAAAAUAUGCAUAGCUGUAGCUAAACCAGCUGUUCGUUAGCAACUCAUCUAGUCUGCUUUCAUUUCUUUUCAUUAAUGUAUAUGUGGCAGCAUUUCCUGUUUAAGAGAUGUAGAAGGUUCUCAGCCACGAACCAUCUGCUCGGUCCGUGUCUUUGGGUAGAUAAAAAUGGUGGCACUUAUUCUUGAUAAUGGAAUUAUUUAGUAAACAAAAUUAAUAUGAGAGUUUAGUAGAUAUUCAUCACUGGCUUUAGUUAUGGGUAGUUCUGAAUCCUUUACUACCCAUCUUUUAUAAUUCGGUGCAAUCACAAGAACUGUGUAUCAACUGCUAGAAAACCUUACUAAUACAUGAUAAGGAAGAUUCCGAGAACAAUAAAGAAUCGGGGAGUUCUGUCACUGAUUUGCGUGACGACACACUAAAGUGCAUUAAUCAGUGUUUGUCAUGCUUGUCCCUUCUUCUAUGCAAACCAGUGGCAAAUCUUGCCCUGACUUCCAUAGGACCAGAAUAAUGCCAACAAUGAGCAACAAGCUGUCAUUUAUUCUAAUGAGGGAGAUCUUAAGUAGAAUAAGUAGGUAUUUCAUUUGUGGAAUGUUAAUGAGAAAACAGUUUCUUUUUACCAUUUUAUAUUCUCAAAAUGCUAUGAAUUAUUGCAGAGAUCACUGAGUUAUUGAAUAGUUGUAUCUUUGCAAUGUUAACAUUAUGGUUAAUUAUUUGUUCAGUACCAGUUUUUGGGCUGGAGAUAUUAAUUUAUCAUCACUAAUUGCAUGUUAAGUGUUUGAAAUUAGAAUAUUCUGGGAAUUCACUUUGCAGUACAAGUUAAGCUAUCUCCAAAUAUUCCAAAAUGGAUCGCUGAUACUGAUAAUGUAUCAGUGAAGAAAAACAUGAAAUAGUUAUAUUUUUAUCUAAGUGCUUCUGUAAUUCUGAAUGUAGAUAUUUCACUUAUUCCAGUGUAAAAUACUUAAGUAAAAAUGUUUUAACUAUAAUAAAAUGUUAUUCAAAAUUUUAAUUGUGUUUAAAAAAACACAACAGAACCAAAGCCUAAACCAAACAAACAACACCACCUCAAAAAUCUUAUCACCAGCUAUUAUCAAGAAGAGAUUAAACUUCAUUGUACUAUAUAAUUUGUCAUUUGUAGUUGAGACUAAUCCUUGCUCAAAUGGCCAAUUCUUACUCACUUGAGCAGUCUCACUGAAACCAGCAAAACUAAUUUUAUGAUCAAAGAUUUCAGGAUAAAGCCCUUGACUGAUGAGACAAAUUUAAGUCAAGGGGCUGCUAUUUAGGAACAAUUUUAUUAUUCAGAAGCUCGUCCUUUAUGUAAAGGAUAAACAUUGGCAGAUUAAGUGUUGGCAAAAUAUUAUCUCUUCAGAAUAUUAAUUUCAGUGCAUGCUGUGUGGAGCAAUGCAGACAAUGCACAGAUUUUGCCCCUCCCAGCAAAAAAAAAAAAAAAAACAAAACAAAAGCCUACUUUUAACAACUCUUGAAUUUCUGCUUGAGACUGUGUUACGAGGGAAUAAUAAUAAUUAAAAAAAAAAAAAAAAAAAAGUUGAGGGGAUUUCCAUAAUGAUUGCUGUCUUAACGAGCUAAAGAAGCUUUAGAAUUUGUUAUUCCUUCCUCAUAGUAAACCUCAGCUGAUAAAAAUAUCUGUAGCCGGUGAAAUCAGUGGCAUGCCUGGCUUCCUCGGGGAAAACUCCCAUGUGAUCCCACAGGCAGGCUCAGUGAGCCUGAAGCUGCUCAGCAAGCAGUAGGUAAUGAGUCUUUGUGCAGAGCGAAGCUCUUGUGCCUGAACAAUAAAGCAUAUGGUACCAGCAAUAAAACACAGGGCUGGGAAACGUAAGAAGAUGCUGCUGGAACUAGGAAGACAGUGAAUAUGUCAAACGUUAUAAAAUGAUGAUCAAUCUGGUUUGGUUCCUAAUUAAUAAAAACAGUGCAUGGAUUGGAAAAACUACUAUUUGAACAGGUGGGACUGGAAGGACGUGCAUCAAUGUGAUACCAAGCUAAAUGAAUUAUGUUGCCCUGAGAGGUGGUGAAUGCCCCAUCCCUGGAGACAUUCAACGCCAGGCUGGACAGGGCUCUGAGCAACCUGAUCUAGUUGAAGAUGUCCCUGCUUAUGGCACAGGGCCUGGACUAGGUGCAUGUGACAGCAUUGCAGCGAUGAGUGGAAUUUUGAAGAGGAAGUUUGAAGAAGUUGAUGGCUCCUCACCUUGUUCCUCUGUUAGGGAAUCAGAUGAUGACAUUUCUAGCAGUGAAAGUGCUGACAGCGGUGAUAGUGUUAAUCCAUCCACUUCUAGUCAUUUUACUCCUUCUUCAAUCCUGAAGAGAGAGAAGCGGAAGAGAACAAAAAAUGUCCACUUUAACUGUGUUACUGUGUAUUACUUCACGAGAAGACAAGGCUUCACCAGUGUUCCCAGCCAAGGAGGAAGCACACUGGGAAUGUCCACCCGCCACAACAGUGUGCGCCAGUACACGCUUGGAGAAUUUGCGAUGGAACAGGAGAGGCUUCACCGAGAGAUGUUAAGAGAACACCUAAGGGAGGAAAAACUUAAUUCUCUAAAAUUAAAGAUGACAAAGAAUGGUACAGUGGAAUCCGAAGAAGCCAACACCCUGACACUGGAUGACAUUUCGGAUGAUGAUAUUGAUCUAGACAACACUGAAGUAGAUGAGUACUUUUUUCUACAACCCCUGCCGACAAAAAAGCGAAGGGCGUUGCUGCGGGCUUCUGGGGUGAAGAAGAUUGAUGUGGAAGAAAAACACGAGCUGCGGGCCAUCCGCCUGUCCAGAGAGGAUUGUGGCUGUGACUGCCGUGUGUUCUGUGAUCCAGAAACUUGCACUUGCAGUCUUGCAGGCAUAAAAUGUCAGGUGGAUCGUAUGUCUUUUCCAUGCGGUUGCACUAAAGAAGGGUGUAGCAAUACGGCAGGUAGAAUUGAAUUUAAUCCUAUCCGUGUACGGACUCACUUUUUGCACACAAUAAUGAAACUUGAAUUGGAGAAAAACAGAGAGCAGCAAGUUCCGGCACUAAAUGGCUGCCACAGUGAGAUAAGUGCACACACUAGUUCUAUGAGCGCAGGACCCCAUCCAGUUGAAUAUUCAAUUGCAGAAAAUUUUGAGAUUGAAACCGAACCUCCGGCUGCGGUUAUGCACCCUCAGGCAGCCGAGGACUUGGACUGCCCGGGGGAAGAGGAGGAAGAGGAAGAUGGGAGUAGCUUUUGUAGUGGAGUUACAGAUUCUAGCACACAGAGUUUAGCCCCUAGUGAAUCAGAUGAUGAUGAAGAGGAAGAGGAAGAUGAGGAGGAAGAUGAUGAGGAAGAAAAAGCAGAUGAUUUUGUAGAAAGUAUGGGCUCCCAUGCUGAUAUGGUGCCUCUUCCUUCUGUCCUUUGCUACUCUGAUGGAACUGCUGUGCAUGAAAACCAUUCUAAAAAUGCCUCGUACUAUACUAACUCUUCAAAUCUGUAUUACCAAAUAGAGAACCAUGUUGCUGGCACUGCUAACCAGGUCGGUGAGACUUACUCAGAAAGGGAUGCUGUCAAGAACGGUAGUCUUUCUCUGGUGCCUUACAACAUGACUUCCGAACAGUUUGUUGACUACACACGGCAAUCAGAGGAAACUUUUAGCAGCCCUCAUUAUCCUUCUGCAAACCCCUCAGUGAUUGUUUGCUGCUCAUCUUCUGAAGGAGAGAGCAGUGCUCCAUGUAACAGUUUGUACCCUGAGCACAGGCCAAGUCACCCUCAAGUGGAAUUCCACUCAUACUUGAAAGGUCCUGCUCCAGAUGGCUUUGUUUCAGCUUUGAAUGGCAACAGUUGUGUACAAGAGCACCCUGCUGAGAAUUCACUAAACCUCCCAGAAAAGAGCAGACUGCACGAAGAGUGCAUCAAAUCACCAGUGGUAGAAACGGUACCUGUUUAAUAUUAAAAUUAUUCUAGGACUGACUUUCUGUAUUAAAAUGCACUCACACUGGAUUUCCUAGAAUCUUACUUUUUUAAGAGCUAGGCAACACUUGGACUAUAGUCAACGUUCCAGACACAUUUUGUUUUCUCAAGCUACACUGGCAGUGGUAUUGCACAAAAACAGCUCAUGUAAAGAUUUAAAUAAAAAUAAUCAAACUAUCUUUUGAUAAAAAUAAAACACCUAAGUAAAAAACCACACCCAACAUAUUUCAAAGUAGCCUACCUAUCAAAGUAUGUGAAACCUGCCAAGCUAUCUGAAUCAAAGCUUUGUGUUUUUGAUUGUUGGGCCUGUGCAACGUUGUUAAAAAUGAUACUUUGAAAUUAUCAUGUUUAGAGUCCUAAUUUUCAACAUACCUGAAAAGAUGGUAAGUUUAAUGUAAAACUAAUUGCUGUACAAAAAAGUUUUAAUUGUUCUGUACUGUAUGUAUUUUAUUCAUGGUAGUUUAGUACUCAUGUUUUGAUAAAAAUGAACAGCAUGUUCAUUUGAGCAGAAGAUCCAUAGUUAGUUACAAAGCGCAUGUCCACAUUUCAUCUGGAGUACCAUGUAUUUUUCCUUUUUUUCUUAAAAAAAAAAAAUACCAUUUCUGGUAAAUUAUCUUGAAAUUUCUAGAAUGUACUAUUUUCUCUUUUACUGUUCUUGACAACCAGAAGAGUCAGAAAGGGGGCGUUUACAUCUUCUAGAAAGGUAAAAGGUAGACAAUCCUCCAUUAAAAUUAAAAUCAGUGGCAUUCGAGAACUAGUAUCCCCUCCCCAAAGAAAAAUCAUCUUGUGUAUAAUAGCAAACCAAUAGCUUAAGCUUGCACAGCACCUUUUUUAGCCCAACAAACAUUCAGAUACUUAUGCACUUUAGUGCCAUUUUGCAGUAAUGUAUUAACUGCGGAAACUGUGAAUUAUUUUGGAGAAAUGCCAUAGCUCCAGACUCUGAGGUAUACGUAAGAUCUUAAAAUUCCUUGUAACAAAACCUGUAUGUGUUUUCCAAGCCAGUUUAUCAAUGUCAGUAGGUAAUUUAUAAAAGCAGAGUCUUGCUGAUCAAAGUUUAAAUGAAGCAUGGAGAAAAACAUGGAAGUGUCUAGAUUUCCUAAAUAUUUAGCAGUUUUUAUGAAAUACGAGACCGGCUUUUGUGGACUUCUGACCGGAUCUCAAAUUUACAUAGCCAUUUGGUCUAAUGAGGAAUGAGCAGAUUCAGUGAGAAAACACAGCUUCAGAAAUUCUGUAUCUGCUAAAGUUUGCAAGCAAAAUAGCACAUGUGGAUAUCUGUUACUUUAUACGCCAUUGUUUUUUUAAUGAAAGGGGAAUUAAAAUACUGUUGUAUCUCAACCUUUAAUUGAUUAGCCAACCUUGCUUUUAUCUAAAAAAGGAGGUAUAGGAACCUGCUUUUCUCUACACUGAUGAUUCUGCACUCCUUAUUUUUAUUUCAAAAGCUAUUUUAACAUUUCUGGUCUUCUAGUAUUGAAAUUUUAUUUAUUAUACAUCAAUUGGGUUGAAAUGUAGACCUGUCUUGUUUGACAAAAUAAGAAUCAGCAUCUUAGUUUUUAUUUGUGUCAAAUCUAGAUGGUUAACAGCAUGUAUGUAAACACAGCAUGAAUUUUAGCUCUCUAACAGUGACUCUUCUGGUUAGAAGCUCUUUAAAACAUGUACAGUACUCCAGUAGAAAAACUGCCCUAUUUAAAAUAUGCUUGAAAAAAAAGUGCCAACUUAAUUGUUUUUAUAUGAAAUCUGGGCAAAGUGAUUUCUCAUUUUUAUGCUAAAUUAGCAAAAUGUUUUUACUCCAUGUAGUAGCUGGAAAGGUGGGGUUUUUGUUAAUUUACUUGUUUCCAUAAGAAUUCCUACGUGUUUUAUAUGAACUGCAUUGAAAAGUCCAGUUCUCUAGGGACUGGAUUCUGCACUUGCAACAUGUUCCAUCUCCUGGGAAAAUGCAGUGGUGUUGGUUACCUGGCACAGCAGUUCCUUUGCUUCUGCUCCUCUUGGUCACAGAACACUCUAGUCUCUUUCCCUAAAGGCUGAGUAGCCAGGUAAGCACACGUAUUCUCCAGUUCCGUAUAGCAAAUACCCAUCUUUAUUUUCAAAGAGAAAUAUAUUCAUUCAUAAAUAAGUUCUGCCUCUAAGAAUAAUAUUAUUCUAUUCAAGACAUGGGCAAGUGUAACAAGUCUCUGUGUAUACAAGCAUCUUGCAUUAGCAGCAAGCUGAAAUCUGGCACUCAGCACCAGCACCAAAAGCACAAAUCCCUUCUACCUGAGCUGGGACAGGAGCUGUGAAUCAGUAGCAGCUUUUUAACCUCAGAGGGUGUUAGCUACUGGAGGAUCAUGCAAACUUUACCAGGGUAUUUCUCUCAGGGGAAAGUUAAAUGAAAUAUUUUGUUUCAUUAAUCACCUCCUUCCUGAGCAAUAAGAAAUUAUUUUCUUGGCCCCUGCGCUUUCACAUGAAAAAUAUCUUUAAUAAUAUUAGCAAGCACAGUAAGUGAUUAACUCUAUAAAAUACAUCUCAGCUGGCUUUAUAAUACUGAGAUGAUGGUUAUUUAAUGUUUUCAUUGGCACAGGCUUCAAACCCCAGACCUCCUUAAUAUUAGCAUCUGUAUAAAUUUCCGAAUACUUAGAUGUAUAUGUUCCAUGCCAUUGGGGCAUCGGGGUGAACACAGCUAUUAAUAAAUUCUCUACAGCUUGCAGCAUAGGAUAACCAGCAGUAAUAGGGUAGAGACAGCAGUGACUAUAUAAAAAACUUAGGCAGCACUAUUUUCCCUUGCUUAAAAUAGCUAAUUCCUGGGAGUCACAUAGUAAAAUGUGCAGAAUAAAGAUUAUGUUGAAUAAACAUUCCUAACUAGCUGGUGAUAAUGCAGAUAGUAAUACCUUUCUUUUGAGCCCGAUUGGGAAUUUGUGGUCAAGAUUUGAUCUCAGGAUACAAAGUAUACCAAUCUUGUUUAGUUCUUGCAACAAGUUACAAAGUCAAGUCUGUUUAUAAUUCACUGAGAUUUCCUGGUAGUUGUACUAACAAUAUCAAAAGGCCUUCCAACAGAGAUAAACUCAUACUGCAGAAAAAAAAAAACAGAAACCUCUUUUUUCACUAUAGGCUAAACCCGUUGCCCAAACAAUUCCACACCAGCAAAAACAAAGCUAAGGCCUUUCUAGCAUUUGUAUGUUGACCAGAGUGGGAAAAAACUGUGAAAUCACUAAGAUUCCCACCCCUUGAUUAGACUUCCCUGUUUUUAUUAGAAGAAAAAAAAGUACUUUUCAUAUAAGGAAAAAUAAAUCACAGGAUGUAAAAUGUUUUAAUGUUAUUUUCUGGGCUAGUAUAUAAUAUAACACAAAGUGUCCCAUUUCCCAGUUGGUUAAUAUUCAUGUUGAAAACCAGUCCUUUCAUUUUGGGUAAGCUUAUUUCCACAGGCUAAAAGUAUUAUGUUAUUAAACAGCAGUAUCUGCUUCUGUAUCGACACAGUAUAUCAUUUGUGGAAAUGUUUACUGGUAGCUGUAUCAAUCAGCUUUAUUUCACAAGAAUAGCUGGCUACUGAUAAUCACACUCCUAAAAAGCCAAGUAAUAAAUUGGUAGUUAGUUUAUGAUUAUCUAUGUAGUUCAGAAAAGUGAGUAGUAACAAAAGCAUUUCCCUUUUGACCCAGAAGGUCCCUAGAACAGCACCUAAAUUGGAUGCCAUUUUGCCUAUAAUAUGAACUUUGCCUCUCUUGGAGAAAAUGCUGUUAAAGUUUAAAUAUAAAGUUUUAACUUGAGAUUAGACAUAAAAUUUUAACUUUUUUGGCAAAAAUUGCAGCAAUUGCUAUUAUUUCCUAAGAGGUGUAACUCAUUCCCACAGGAAUAUCCUUUCAAAAAUUAAAAGCUGGUCAGUAAUAAGUUUCUAAUAUUUCUUUCCUUUUCUUGGAAAAAAAAAAAAACCUCUUUGAUGAGCUCUACACCAUUUAGGUCAGAAAGUUCUGGAUUUGUAAAGUUCCUGCUAGUAAAUCAUAAUUUGAGUUGACAUAUAUUAAGGCCAUUGAUUACACUGUCAUAGUAGCCAUCACUUGCUAUCAAAUGGUUUGGUGGGCUCACCAAUGUGUCAGCAGAGUCAAUUAACAAUGCAAUCCUGCCUUUUGUCUAAGUUCUGCAGAAAUGGCAGGUAGUGUUCAGGCUUGUGUUACUCACGGGAUUGCUAAGUGACCCAGGUCCAGUUUCUCAUCUUACCUGGGUGUUGUAUUUCAGUAAACGUGCUAACAAACUGACCAUGUAGCAUUCCGUGCCUCACAAUCCAGAGAACAUAGUCACAAAAACCAGCUAGUGUGUUAAGUGUGUAUGCAAACAAGAACAUGUAUUAUGUUUUUUUUUAAUAUUUCAGUGGUUCCUGACUCUCUGAUAGAACUCUGAUUCACUGCAUAGAGAGUAUUGGGCUCGAAGACAGCGGAGACCUGGGGUCUGUUGCUUUGCCUUUGUCCUGCUGUGUCACUUCCAUUCUCUGUGCUCUGGUUUGUAAGAUACUUGGAGAUAUUGUUGUAACAAAAUAAUUCUACAGAACAGGCAAAAUAACUUUUUUUUCCUCUUUCUUUCGAAUCAUAACUAGAUUUUGUACUGCAAACUACGUCACUUUUCAAUAAAGCCCAGUCCAGCUCAGAGGUGAAUAGAAAUUUUGUCACUAACAUAAACACCGCAAAAGCAAGCUCUCCUUUUCAUGGACUGGAUUAAUGAGCAAAAGUUUAACAAUAAAUUUCAUACUGAAAAUUAGAAUAAAAGCUGUGUUGAAUAUACAACAUUUACCUGUCGAGUGCUUAACAGUUGAGCAGCAAGAUUGUAGUUUGCCUGCGACACAAUACUUGGCAGCAAGAGGCAAUCUUAUUCCCCUGCGUGUUGUCUUCUUUUGCCAGCUGAAUUCUCUCAGUUGAAACUCCUUGUGUAGGAUGCUCCUGUGGCAAAGCAGGUGCCCUUACUCAGAACUCAAGCAAGAGAGACCCAUGAUACUGAUUUAAAAGGCAUUUCCUAAAUAAGAAACCCCAGCGGUACAGCUCAUGAGUUGUACAAACUCAUGUUUAUUGUGCCAGUUGUUUCGUUGCCUGAGGCAGCCAGGAACAGGGACAAAAGAGGAUGACAUGGGAAAUCCUUAAGUGUUUAGGGGUGUUACGUUUUCCCACUGGGGCUAAUGAGUAAUUCUGUCAUCUACUUUAUUAUAGACACAGAACAUUUGAUGUAAAAUACUUAGAAAAACUAGAAUUAACUCAGAGAAUAUAUUCUAUAGAAUUUAUUUCUAAAAUAUUAAAACUGAUUACUAUUUUUUUAAAAUAGUAGAAAGCUACUGUUAUUUUCAAAACAGAGUCUACUUCAUUAACGUGUCCCUUGGUAUGAGACAUGUCAACACUUGCCUUUUCAAUGUUUCCAAAUUUGUUUAACAUAUUCCUUAAUUUUGCUGUUCUCUGUAAUUGCUGUCCAUAUGCAAAUUCUUAAUUGUCCACUUUCUCCAAGAAGUAUGAAAUCCAAAGCAUGAACAUUGUGGAGUGAUGAACAAGUGCUAUUUAGUUGUAAAGAUGUUGGAGUGAACAUGCUUGAGUUCUUCAUAAGUGCUUCCUGUUGACUGUCUCUUCCCACUCCUAAAUCAGAAGCAGCUUUUAAUUUUGCUGCUAAUAAGGAGGAAAGUUAUAACAUCCUUGAGGACUUUCUGCUACCGUAGUAGCUGAUACCAAGAAUUUUACUUUUUAUAAGAACAUCCAAUUCAUAAAACAUCUGUCUUGCAGCCUUAGUCUUUUCUUUUUUUCUUCCUUCCACCCUCCAUCUUAAGAGUCUGGGAAAGGCCUGUUGUACAGUAAGACUUUUCAUUAAAAUUGAGCACAAGGGCAACUCUAGUAUCCUCUGUGCUAGCUAUCUUUAUUUUGCUGAAAGGGUUCAUUUUAUUUUUCACUUAACAUUAGCGUGUAGAUUGGAACUGUGGUGAAAAAUAGUCCCCCCAUGGGUUCUAAAUAUGAGAGUCCCGCAGGAAUGUCCCCAGGGGCGCUAUAGACUCUCCCUUCCCAUACACACAAACAAACCUACCCCACGGGCUGCAGAGAUGUGAUAGGAAUCCUCGUCCUCUGAGGGAUGUAGAUCCACAGGCAGUGUGUCAGUCUUGAUACAACACAGCCUCGUACAGGAUGAAAAUCCAAGACAAGGAGAAGCAGAAAACCAUCACCUAGGGGAACAAAAAGUUUCCUUCAAACUACUGUUAGAUUUUUUAAAAUAUUUUUUUUCUAACAUAGGUAAUAAAUAGUACAUUAAAAGACCCUUUUAUAAAAGGGAAGGGAAUUAGAUCUUACAAAGGAAAAGUUAAAACGUAUACUGCUCUACUGCUGUAUAGUCCUUAUGGUUAGGAUGAUACGCACGACACAAGGUCCGCUGACCGAUGUCAUAUCCAUGAUGCUCUGUAUUGCCACUUCUCAGCUGAGAAGAUGAUAGUACAAAAAAAGUCAGGAGAUAAACUUUAUUUAUUUCCUGAAUUAUUUUAAUUUGGUUCUUAGCAAUGACACUUUUGUUUUACUAAGCCAUUUUAUCAAUUAAUGUCAAAUAGAACCAAGUCAAAAGAAGUUUGCCUGAUGUGCACUUCUCUAACUGUGCACUUUUCCAACAAGCCAUGAAGACUGGUUUAGCUUUUCUCAACUGGAAAAAUGGUGGAAGAUAUAAAUUAACACCACUGUUCUAACAAUAAAAGACUUAUCCAAAAGCAUGGGGUAAAAACUACAAAGCAAAGCAACACCCUAGAAACAAUGCUACCGUUUCUUUUCUUUGCCUGUGUCAACUGCAAUACCAUUUUAGUUAACUCUGCUUCCAGGCACAUGUAAUAUAAAGUGUUUCUUGCAUAACAAGAGACACUAAAAGGAAGCAAGAAAUAGGCAUCCUUUUUAUUAGCAUUUUAGCUUGGGAUUUUCAAAUAAGACAUUAUGGCAGCUAAUUCUUCUAGUUUUCUCCAUCAUAAUCUCUUUAAAGACGUUCUUAGGAAUGAACUUUUGGGUUGGAUUAUGGGUGAAGGUCAAUCUUGCUGGGCUGCUGGGGGAACACUGCAAAGAAUCAGCCAUCCAUUUGUGAGCCUCUGAUACACAGAUUGAGAAGGAGUUUUCACCUCUUGAAAAGAUUCCAUCAUCAUGUGCUGCUUCUCUUAAAACCAGAAGCAAGCAGGCUGUUUUUUUUCAAACCAUUUCACACAAAUAACACCACUUCAGUUCUCACAGAACAAUGCCCAUGUAAACAAUGCUUAACAACUGGGCCCUUUUUAAUUGACUGAUCGUAGGCACUUCUAUGGAAAUACGUCUGAAGUGUAGUUUGUGAAACAUGUUAAAAAAGUGUUUGAUGUAAAAUAAGUGCUAGACAUUUAACAGUGCAAAAAUAGUCAAAAUCUGUAGAUUACAAAUCCAUUCCUAAGAGCCUCUGCCUGUAAUAUUGUCUUAGUAAAGUUGAUAUUUUUAGUUAAAUUGCAUUCUGGUGUAAUAACCUUUUACAAAUAAAAUUAUUAAUACAAAUGUACUGGUUAAUGCCUGUUAGCAUAAAACAUGGCAAUUGGUUAUUUUUGUUUGUUUCCAUCUACAGCUAAUAGAUAGCAAUUUUGUAAAAAAAAAAAAAAACACAAAAUCAACACUUAUUACAUUUCUUUAUGUUUAAAGUGUUUUCCUUGUUUUAACAAGCUAUGUAACAUUUAGACUGUCUAGUCCAGCCGUCUUUUAGAAGGUUCACCUGUGUGUGUGUAUAUAUAUAUAUAUACAUAUAUAUAUAUAUAUAUAUAUAUUUCCCCAUAAGAAUAUAAAAUUGCUUUUGAAAUUUUUGUUGGCAAGUGGUAAAUAAUAACACCACGGCAUGGAUUCAAAAGCGCUUAAGUUGAUGGUCUUUCAGACAUGUAAUCCAUUCAAAUGGAGCUCGUAAAAUUGUGGUGUAAUUGCAGACAUUUGUUUUAAAUUUGUGCAUUACUUCUAACCUUACUAAUUUUUGAGGAAAAUAAUUAUGUUAAGUACUUAACAUAAUUUUCCAUUACAGAUGAUCUUGCAUACUAAAAUUGUGGAGAUCUCAACAGUAAAGCAUCAUAUUUAGUUUGACUGUUGCUUUUAAACUGUUUGAAGAAGCAAAGGAAAGUUCAUCUUCAAAUUUGUACAUGGAAAUAAUUUUAAGCUUCAUGAACUACACAUUUCCUUAAUUUCCUUUCUUUUUUUAAACAACUUGUAACAUCAAAGAUGCCAAAGGGUAAUAUAAGCUACAAUAAUAUUCAACAGAACUUAACCUAGACCUUAUGUUGUAAUAAUUUAUUCAAAUUUACUGUAUUCUUCUGUAUUUAUAUUUUCAGUAUUUAUUAUGAAUGACAUGGAAUUUGAUGUAUCUAUUGUGGCUUAUUACUGCAGUGUAUAUAUAUUACAAAAAUGAGCAUUUUUAAGUCUUACCAUUAGUUUUUUUGUUAAUUAGUGGCACUUGUAUCGGCUGUAUUUUUAUUAUAUAUUGUACAAUAUUGUCCAUUUGUUUGCAAUGAAGUAAAACAGGUUUCUACGUUA